AUGACCAAACACGAACACGUCUUACUCUCUGGUGCAUCUGGCUUUGUAGCAACCCACAUUCUUGAUCUUCUUUUGAAGAGAAACUAUAAGGUUACUGCUACAGUUAGAUCUCAAAAGAAAGCUGAUUACCUUCUUAAAAAGUUUGAGGGAUUGCCUCUCAAAACUGUAAUUGUUGAAGACAUCUCCAACCCUGAUGCCUUUGAUUCAGUUUUCCAAAAUGAUCAUUCUAUUACAGCAGUUAUCCAUGCUGCAUCUCCUGUAUUUUUCCCUGAGGCUGAUGGUGCCAAACUUGUUAUUGAACCUGCUAUUAAGGGUACUAAUAAUAUUCUUAAGUCAAUUAAGCAGUUUGCUCCUCAGGUGACCAGAGUUGUUGUCACUUCAUCUUAUGUUUCCAUUCUCCAAGUAUUUAAGAAAAAUGAUCCCACUUUCAUUCAUAACGAAGAAACUUGGUCAGAUGUUACAUAUGAACUUGCCGAAACAGAAAAUAAAGAGUUGGCGUAUUUUGGAAGCAAGAAGUUUGCUGAAAAGGCUCUUUGGAAGUUCAUUGAAGAAGAAAAACCCAAUUUCACUGCAACUACUAUCCACCCACCAUUUAUUUUUGGUCCUCUAAUUCAAGAUGUACAAACCCCAGAGCAAAUUAAUGGAUCCAAUUCUCUUUUGUUUGGCUCUGUUGUGAAAUCAAAAGCUAACGAUACAGAGGGAGACUAUACCGAAGACAUCCUACCUAGUAUUGAUGUCCGUGAUGUUGCAUUGGCACACGUUUUGGCUUUAGAAAACGAUGAUCUUGCUGGGCGUCGUCUUCUUGUGUCCAACGAAGACUUCAGUACUCAAUCGGUUUUAGAUAUCGUCAACAAGAAUGUUCCAUACUUCAAGGGUAAAAUUGCAAUUGGUCAGCCUGGAACUGGUUUGAAAAAUUUAAACAAAUUCUCUAAACUUGAUAAUCAUGUCACUAACGACCUUUUGAAAAUUAAGUACCGUCCUUUCGAAGAAACAAUCACUGAUACCUUUAAGAGCUUUGAAAAGAUUCUUGAAGGAAAUUAA